CUAAGGUGCUGAAUAUUCUGGUCAGGGCAGUGAUGGAUGGAAUGGCUGAUCGCAAUGGAGAGGUGGCAACAGGGCUGAAGGGGAAAUUGCAGGAACUGUUUGGCAGAGUGACUUCAAGAAUGACAGGUGAUGUGGAAAUCUGGAGACUGUAUGCCAGACUCUAUGGAAACGGACACAGUGAUAACCCUGAAGAUACUGAAAAGUCACUGCAGUAUCUCACCAAGGCACAUAAAUGUGAAAUGCAAUCAGCAGAUUGGGAGAAAGAUAUUUCGUCUUUUAAAGAAUUGGUGAAAGGAGCCAUAGAGCUUGCCCAUGUGGCAAUAAAGUGCAGUAAAAACAAAUCUAAUCACCAGGAAGCUUUGCAGAUACUUUCUUCAGCUCGACUCAACCUGCGUGGCUUGUCAUCCAAAGCAAAGCAACUUUUUGCCGAUGCAACAAGCAGUGAGGUUUCCAGUGACUUAGUUGGUGAAGUAACAGCUAUGGACAGCUUGAUUGCUGAACUGCAAGAAAUGAGCAACCAGCUGAGGAAUCAGUGCUGAGAUAAAAAUAAGAUUUCCUAGAAGGAAGACAAGGAUGACAUGCUUUAUUUGCUCCAGUUUCUGCUGAUGAAAUUGCAACAACUGUUAACACAUAACACAAAUUUUUAAUAAAUGUUUUCCUGUACAAUAUUGAUGUCUUUACAGUCAGAUUCCCUAAGCUUCUAAACUGUUUUUAAGGUCAUGUCUACUAAAUCUCUUAAAUUGUGUGUCUGCUUCUGUGGCCCUGAGUUUUCUGGAAUAAAACCAAUUGUAUUUAUAAGGCA